UAAGAUAGCUUAUGUUUAGUGGGAAAUGCUGCAUAGUAGAGUUAAAUGUGCUUAGCGUUGUGAAUGCAUGCCCUGUAGUUCUUUAGCCUAUUUGCUUUUAAGUUAUUCAUUACUUCUGAAGUAUUACUGAGACUAAGCAGUUUGGUUGAGCUGUGUAUGCCCACAGAAGUACUUGUAAGGGAAUCUCAGUCUGCUGUGUGAGUGAGGUUAGGAGUGUACAUGGCAGAUCAGCACACACUAGAUAGAGACGCUUGUUCGUGACCCACUUUCUUUGCUGAAAUCACUUUGUUUUCUAGUUGGGGUUUUUUUUAGGCCUAUGUACUAGACAGAAACUGUCGAAGAAGAGUCCUCCUGAUAUAAUGGAUGCUGUAGUUGGAAGGUGGAUGACUUUUAUUUAACGGUAUUUCAAGUUUCAAUUAAUCUGAGACAUCCUCUUAAGGCUGUAGUACAAUUCAAAGGCUACAUCACAAGCACUUCGAUCCUUCGUGUUGAUUGUGGCUGCUGUAAAGUAACCUUUUUGGUAUCUAGUGCCAAACUUAUUUGUGAAAGCUUUGUAGCUUGUUGGCAGUGCCAAGGCAAAUCUUGAUGCCAGUGGUUCACCCUUGUUGCAUAAUAAUACUCUUUAGGUGUUGCAGAUAAUGGCCAAAUCUGUGCUCUCCUUUGUAAGAAGAUGACUUUCCUACCAUCUGUAUUAUUUAAGGGAGUUGCAUUGUUGAUGAGAGCUUAUUUAAAUCAAUGUAUGAACCUAAUUGGAGGACAGACCUGCAUUAGUGUGGGCUUGACUGUCUUCUCCACUAAGCUAUUCAACAAUGUUUGCUUUUCUCAGAUCAGGUAUUUUUCAUCUCGUGCAUGUUUAACAUGAGGUCAUGUUGCUGUUGGAACAAACUAGAGAGAAGUUAAUUAAAAAGUCAUAGGGGAGAGCUGAAAGCACUGGAAUUAAAGCUGACUGCAAUUAACAUAUUGGUGUAAUUUUCACUAUCGUGAUAGAAAUGUGGAUUCUCUAAGCCUAUGAUAUUUAUAUUAUGAUUUGAAGUAUCACAUGUGAAAUCAUUGUCAAAGUACAUUUGAUUCCCUUAGGAAACAAUACAUGAACUUUUUGAGCUUAUCCCAUUCAAGUUGCUGUAAUCGCUGCUAAUUGAUAUGUACAGUAGAAUCAUGCCAGAGUGUUUAAGUGAUGCUAACUAGUAUAUGCUGUGCUUCAAAAUAUUGUUGACCUUGGUAUGGACAGGCACAUAAAAUUAGCUAGAAAUGGCAAUUCUGAGUUUCUGCUGGAAUUAGUACAAUGAUGGCAUUUCUGAAGGUCAGGUCUGGGGAAGCAGGUUAAUUUUUGUAAUAGGGGAAAGAAAGAGACCUUCUAAAGGGGCAUUCUUUUUCCAGAUGUAAUGGAUGUGAGAGAUGAUGGGUCUCCAGCAGUUUUCCAAGUACAGUUCUGCCAUGUAUCACUUCAGUAGGGAAACCUGUUUAAUUAGCCUUUAAUGGAACUUUGUCCUGGAGUUUUUAGGAAUGAUUGCAAAUCCUUAUUAGGUAGGUAGGUGGGUUGCACGGAGCAGUCCAUGCUCCUCCAGUGGAAGGAUGUCUCUUCCAGGAGUGUACCUUAGUACAACACUGGCGGCUGCAGGAUCUCUGGGCUGGCAGAUGUUCUGCAGCAGCUGUUUUGUGCCUAUUGAUUUUGACCAGCUGAUGCUCAGCACUCAGUGAUAGAAGAGGAACAAGGCUGGGUCCAGGAUCCCUGUGGCAGGACACAAGUCUGAAGGAUGCUGCAACAUUUUAAGCCAAACUUAAUUUUUCUUUGGACUGCAGACUUUGCUGCUGUGUUGUCUGUAGGCUGUGGUGUGGUAGCCCAAAUGUCCCAAGCUGCAUGUUUUUCAGCUCCACUUGCUCCCCAUGGAGCCCAUUUCACACGCAGUUGCACCUGAACUCCUGCUGAAUGCUAUUAUAUACCCCUCUGAUAUAUCAUCUUCAUAGUUUUAUAGAAUGUAUAAAAACUUAAAUCUAAGAUGGAUGCAAAAAAGUAGUAUGAUUUUCUAUUGUACUGAAGUAAAAUAGCAAUAAUACUUUGAUAUAAGUAUUAAUUACCAGUUAUUUGUGGCAUCUGGCUAAUGAUACUGUACAGAAUGCUUUGCAGUAGUGAAAUGUGGAAGUUCAGGAGGUCCAAAGAAGUCCAAACCCAGCAGAAGUUCUUCCCAAUUUACUCAGUUGCAGACAAAACCCUCUGUUCACACAGUUGUGUAGGAGCUGUUAGAAGUCUGAAAACACAAUCAGAUCGCCAUAAAAAUAACUAUAACAGUCUCAAAACUAUUUCAGAGCCAGUGAUGUUUUUAUUCUCUGAAAGAGUCCUCAUGUAAAGUGUUACACAGCUGUCGUGCUGGCCAAGCUUGAUGGAAACAAUACCGGAAAGAGAACCCUCUAAGACAGUUCAGUAGAGUUGAUUGUAACACACUGUGGAGUAGCAGCAGAGUCCUGCUUUGAAAUGAUGUCACUAGUAGAUUUGGGAAAGAAACUUUUAGAAGCUGCACGAGCAGGUCAAGAUGACGAAGUUCGCAUUUUGAUGGCAAAUGGAGCACCUUUCACCACAGACUGGCUGGGAACAUCUCCACUUCAUCUAGCAGCACAGUAUGGACACUACUCAACCACAGAGGUGUUGCUGCGAGCAGGUGUAAGUCGGGAUGCCAGAACCAAAGUGGACAGAACUCCAUUACACAUGGCAGCAUCAGAAGGCCAUGCCAGCAUAGUAGAAGUCUUACUUAAGCAUGGUGCUGAUGUCAAUGCAAAGGACAUGCUCAAAAUGACUGCACUUCACUGGGCUGCUGAGCAUCACCACCAAGAAGUUGUAGAACUCUUGAUAAAGUAUGGAGCAGAUGUUCAUGCUCAGAGUAAAUUUUGCAAAACAGCAUUAGAUAUUGCAGUAGACAACGGGAAUGAAGACAUUGCAGAAAUAUUACAGAUUGCAAUGCAGAACCAAAUCAACACAAACCCAGAGAGUCCAGACACUGUGACGAUACACGCAGCAACACCACAGUUCAUCAUUGGACCUGGAGGGGUGGUGAACCUAACAGGUCUGGUAUCUUCUGCAAAUACAUCCAAUGGAACAGAUGAAACAGGAGUGUCUGCUGUACAGUUUGGAAAUUCAUCAACAUCAGUAUUAGCUACGUUGGCAGCUUUAGCAGAAGCAUCAGCUCCACUGUCUAAUUCUUCGGAAACACCAGUUGUAGCCACAGAAGAAGUUGUGACUGCAGAAUCUGUGGAUGGGGCCAUUCAGCAAGUUGUCAGUUCUGGAGGUCAGCAGGUUAUUACUAUAGUUACAGAUGGCAUUCAGCUGGGUAACCUGCAUUCCAUUCCAACCAGUGGAAUAGGGCAGCCCAUCAUUGUGACCAUGCCAGAUGGGCAGCAAGUAUUAACAGUCCCAGCAACAGACAUUGCUGAAGAAACUGUGAUAAGUGAAGAACCGCCAGUGAAGAGACAGUGCAUUGAGAUUGUUGAAAAUCGUGUGGAGUCUGCAGAAAUAGAAGAAAGAGAAACUCUUCAGAAACAGCUGGAUGAGGCAAACAGAGAAGCACAAAAAUACCGUCAGCAGCUUCUAAAGAAGGAACAAGAAGCAGAGGCCUAUCGGCAGAAGUUAGAGGCAAUGAACCGCCUCCAGACUAAUAAAGAAGCUGUUUAAUAAAAAAUGAACACACUGCAAAGCCUGUUACUUUCAAAAACCUGCAGUACAAUCUUGAACUGUACACUGUAUAGGUACAGACAUGGGAUUUCAUGAUAGAGAAGAUGCUACAAGUUGAUAACUGGACUUAAGCCGUGAGCUCUGAUUAAUUUCUUGUAACAUAAAAACUCGAAUUUAGAAAUUGUGAAAAGUAUUUAAAAUGAAAUACUGUAAAUAGUUGGUUUUUUUACAGUUUCAAAAUAAGUUGAUAAAUCUUUUUGAAGGGAUCCAGAAACAUGAAAAGCCAAUGUUUUUGUGAAAUUUUUGAUUUUAGUAUGAAUCUACUUCUGAAAAACAGAACAGUUUUAAGGGUGAUGUUGAUUUAAGCUUGAAAAUUGAUUAUGUGACAAAAUUAAUUAACAGUUAUUUCUACAUGAUAACAACUCAAACAACUUCUCUGAAUAAGACAUUUCCAGGUGGAAAUCUUUGUACAGCUUUAAGUAGUUGUCUCAGAUUCUCUGAAAACCAUUUUUGGUUUUUUUUUAUUUUAGGUGGUGAAAUUUUUAUAUUUAAUUUCAGAUAUAUCCAAGUAGAUUUACAUGUAUAUGAAGCUAAUAUUUUUUAAACUUUUCAGUUUGUACAUAUGCUGCAUGUUUUUAUAAUUUCUACACAUACAUCUUGCAUAGGUAUUUUUCAGCAAAGAUGAGAAAAAUUAUGAGAAAAAUGUUUAGCCUAUAGGUCAUUUGAAGUAAGCUAGCAGCCAGUUUUAUCGUGGAUGGUAUAUUUCUUGGAAGAAUGUAAUUUGUAAUUAAGAAGAACAAAAAAGAAUCUUAAUUUACAUAUUAAGAGGCAAAAUUUGGUAGUGGAGGCGUUGAAACUUCACUUUGUGUGUCUUACAAUUUUCCUGUACAAACAUUUUAAAGUUCAGUAAUGAAUAGAAAAGAAUGUCUCCACUGGAACACCAAUAGUAGUUAUUUUAGAAUAUUCCUAUUGAUCUCUCUUCCCCAAUAGCCUUGAAAUUACUUCAGUGAUACAUUUUUUUCUGAACAGACUUUUGCAUUUUAAUUAUGCCAUUGGACAAGUAAUUUUUUUAUGUUGUAGUGAUGCUCUUCCUACCCAGCAUCAUUGUUCCUCACUGUGAUACUGUGUUUGUGUGUGUCUGUGCAGUGAUCUAUUAUGCUUAAAAUUUAUAUGGCACGUUACAUCUUCAGCGCAUUGUAAAAUCUUUUAAAGAACCCUUUCCUACACUACCUGAGGCAGGUAAGUGUUAUUGUCUCAAUUUUAUAACUGGUAUAAAUGCAACACAAGGGAGUGGUAAAUGACUGGCUUAACACCACAUGAACCUGUGGUCACCUGGGAAUGGAUCUCAGGAGUUCCUGGCUUCUAGUCCUGUGCUUAGACUGAGCUGCCUUAAGAUUGUUCAGUGCUGUGUUACAUUAAAUUUUGAACUACUGUGCAGAUUCGUUUUUUGUAAGAUAAAAUUCUUUGUGCUUUGCUUUGUUGUUCCAUGUUCACUGCUUUUAUGGAAUUGUUUAUAUAAACUUAAGCAAAAAGUCUGGUUUAUCUAUACUGUACACGGAAGAAUUACCCUUAAAACUGUACUCUGGCCUACUUUUUCUAUUUUACAAUUAAAUAUCUUUUCCACAUA